AUUAGCAUGAACUUUUUGACGAGGGUUAUUCGGAUGCAUGGUGUUCCGUAAUUUGUUUGCGCUGGUUUCACUUUGGACUAGUUUUGUAAUAAUAGUCGAUGUGAAUGCACGCUUAUACAACCUAUGCGUGACCUUUUAAACACCGAGAUUCAGAUUGAUUUGACAUUAAAACUAUGAGAUGAAAGCUAUAAAACGUUUCCUAAAUUCUGGAACAAACGAUAAAAAAGACAAAAGUAGACAUUCCUUCAGAAAAUAAGAAGAAACAAAGCGAAAACGAAUCGUAAGGUCGCUGCUGUUGUUCGCUGUAAAAAAUGAUUGACGCGUAUCCAUUUUUAGUUUUUUUGCAGUUUAUGUAUUUACUAACAUUUUUCAGUAGUUGGGAUAUUAGGUUUAUAAACCUAUAUUGGUUUUUGAAGUUUGUAAUGUUUUGAAAUUCUAUUAUCGCUUUUAAAACAGACUGUGCUGAUAACACGUGUUCUGGUAGAGGAUUUCAGUGGUUCACUGCAAUAUGCGAGAAACGGAUCUCUAGACGUAAAUGACUUGAUCUCGGUUUUUGAACCUUCCUAUAAUAUCAGCCUGGAUGGUCAUUCCUAAACUGAUGGUAAAGAUAAGGCGUAAUAAUGCCAAGAUCGUCUAUCGUUAUGCGACCUUUUACCAUUUCCGUCGUUCUCCACUGAACUAGAUUUGCAAAAACGCCUCAUAUUUAAAGAAGGACUCACUUCAUGAAUCCAAUAUUCCAAAAGAAGCCUCAUAAAGCCGGGUGUAUUACUACAAACAUUUUUUCGUCCAAGUGUUGAAAUGACUUAUGAAUACGCCAAUAGAUCUUGAAACCUUUGAUGUCAACUGCGUUGUAAGCACUCUCUGUUUUGAGGUCGUUAAUUAUUGAGACUCCUAGAUCCUUAAAGUCCAAUACUUUAGGUAACACAACUUCAUAUGUUGUGUAGUCAUAUUGAUCGUGGCGUUUAUUGAUUUUCGUCCUCACAUUCUUGUUAGAGUUAACUUCUAAUGAUCACUUAUUCAUCCAUUCAACCAGUGAAGUUAGGUGAUCCAAUAAUAUUGAUCUAUUUGACCUACUAUUUAUGGGUCUCCAAAUCUUUAUGUCAUUUGAAAAGAGUGAAACAGGUGAAUUGGCUUCAGUAAAUUAUACGGUUAAAUAACGCAAACAAAAGAGGACUAAGGAUUGUAUCUUGGGCAACUUCACACCGGUAGAGCCCCAUUAGCCCGUGCCCGUUUUCUGCUAUCGUUCAGAGAGUCACUUGUUCAGUUUAUGGUUUCAUAACGGAACCUAAGACUUUCCGGCUUUAACUUAAGAAUUAGAUGAGAAACUUUGUUGAGGGCCUUACUUAAAUCUGUUGAAGUUACAUCUUCCAGAAUAUUUCUAUCUUUCGCUUCAGCCUAAUCAUCUCUUGCAAUGAGCAAAUUUGUCGAGUAUGGCAUGCCUUUCUAAAACCAUUUUGUUUCCUAAUAUAAAGAUGAUGGCGUUCCACUAUUGAGAGCAAGUAACGAUAAUUAUAACCAUUAAAAAACCCAUCAUCUUACAUUGGUUAGUUUCAUAGAACCUCCCUCAUUACUUAGGGUUUUUUUAGAAAAUAACAAUUUGAUCCCGAUUCCGUAGUUGCCCUGGUAGCCCCCGAAUGCCCUGGUACGGCCGAGAGUGGGGAGAGUUCACUCUCCCUCUCGAAAUGCUCUCACACGGCCUCGCAUAUAUAGCCUCUGCCAGGGAAGUCCUACUCACUGCAUUCUCGUGGUGGAGGUGUUGUUUACAAAAAUGAGAGGAAGAAAAGCGAAUGUCUGGUGCUUUAACCGGAUCCCAAACCAAUGGUGCACAUGGGCUCCAGUAUCCUGUGGGAACAAAUGGCGUAUGAACCAAUUGUUGGUCAUCGGCUUCCAUGAGACUGCAUCUCCUUACGAUGCUCCACUGCCUUGUGGAUCAAAGGCUCGGGGUGUGGCACCCUAAGAAAUCCAUCUGCUUCGAUCUGGGCACCCGGGCAGUAUCACAGACCUCACACAUAUCGAAUGAGAUUUGUGUGGCGCAUAUGUAUUUGGUGCCUCUUUGUACCAAUAUCUAUGUGUUGAAAUAAAUAAAUAAUAAAGUUGUACGGGAAAGAAACAUGACUUAACCCUCCAUAUUUUCUUCUUUAGUUAGCAAAACAAUGUUUAGCACUAAUUCGUUUAUUAACCAGCUAGAAAUUCUGCUCAUAGUGCUCAUUUUUGUGUUUUUAGAUGCCGUUUUUGAGUUCAUAUUUUUUAUUUCUCCGUUCUGCAACCUCUUAUAAACAGUAUCAUCACUAAAAGCUUACAAGUUUUUCGAUAAGCUGAUUGUUUAUAUUUAACCCUGAUUUUACAAAGAUUUAAAACUUUAAACGUUAUUAUCACCGAUGGCGAACAAUGAAGGCGAAAAUGGAGGGUUACAGAAAAGAAGACAUCCUCCACAACUGUUUCGACAAAUGGAGCAAGAUGAAGUCGCUUUCCCACAGACUUCUUGCACUGAGGGAGAAGAAUAUAACCUGAAAAUGCCUGUAUCUGCCAAUCACAGUCAUCUUUCAACAAAAUCAAACAGCCAUGCAUCAAGCAAUGCACAAACAGUUGCCGUAUUCAGUGACAAGCCCAUUUUUCAUUCACCAGUAGCAGCUGUCAAGCAACAACAUGGUAUUCACCCUCGUUUCCCACCACCUGAAGAUAGCCGGGCCAGCAGUAGUACUGGUAGUGCAACAACGGGAGGUACAAGUGUAGAUAGUCAAAGCAGUGGUGGUAAGAACAGCAACAGUGGUAGUGAUAAAGCUAGGCUGGCUUGUUCCAAUGCACUAAAUAGAGGGAAUAGAUGUGGUAGCAGUGCUUCAUCAUCGACUGAAGAAACCGAAGCACGUGAAAAACGCUUUGGCAGUGUAGACUUACAUCCCUUACCUAGCGUCGCAUUAACGGCUAUAAUGAAUCAGGCAAUGCGUCGUAGUUUCUAUGCCGAAUCUUCAGUUCAGAAUGCUGAACAACUUCAGUAUGCCACGUUACUAGCAGCUCAUAAAAAAUAUGGAGACUCUUCAGGUCCAAUUGAUGUAAAAAUUAACACACCAUCUGUUCCAACAUCCAAAAAUGAUUUGGCUAAUCUUUUUUCACAAACACCAGCACAUGCCAAUAUAAAUUCUGUGCCACCUUCUGUUCAUAGUACGUCUAUUAAGAUCGAUUUGCCCAAGCUUAAUCAAAAUUUGCCAUUGCAUCUUAUCUCUCCUAAUUUAUGGCCACGAUUGAUUUGUCCAAUUCAUGGUGAUAAUUUAUUGGCUCAAUUUUCUCAAGCUUUAUGCAAAAGAAAAAAUGAUAUCAGUGAAACAGACAGUGAACAAGAAAUGUCGAAUUUACCAGUUCUAUCUACAAAAAGUGAACAAUCAUUCACCAAUAUCACAUCAUCGACCCUAGAAGAGUCUAAACAAGAUUACAAUAAUAAUGACAGUUCAAAACAAGCAACAAAUGCAACAACAACUGCGCCGGUGCCCGGAACCAGUGAUUAUGGGAUGCCAACAAUGGGGUAUUUUAAUAACGUAUCUGAACCAAAUAACAAUAAUACUGUUCAACCGAAUGGUCCUCAACGUAUUGGUCCAUAUUAUUUAGGUCCUACACUCGGUCGGGGUAAUUUUGCUGUGGUGAAAUUGGGAAAACAUUCUCAACUAUCUGUGAAGGUUGCCAUCAAAAUUAUGAACAAAGAUUUGAUUGGUUCUAAAAAUCUUGGUAAAGUCUCUCGAGAACUUGAAGCGAUGAAACGUUGUCAACAUCCGCAUAUCAUCCGUCUUUAUCAUGUUAUGGAAACAGAAUCAAAUAUUUUCAUGGUUACUGAAUACGCUAGUAAAGGAGAGGUAUUCGAUCAUAUCAGUCUAUCUCAUGCAUUUACGGAGAAAGAAGCUAGGGAAUUAUUUUGGCAAAUCGUUUGUGCAAUCGAAUUCUGUCAUGCUUCAGGUAUUGUACAUCGAGAUUUAAAAGCAGAAAAUCUUUUAUUAGACGCUGAUUUUAAAAUUAAAGUUGCUGAUUUUGGAUUUUGCAAUUUUUUUCAAAAUGAUCAAUUAUUAUCUACACAUUGUGGAAGUCCUCAAUAUGCCGCACCGGAAUUAUUUAAAGGUGAACCAUACGAUGGAACAUUGGCCGAUGUAUGGAGCUUAGGUGUUAUUUUAUAUAUUCUUGUUUGUGGUUCAUUUCCAUUUCCUGGUGAAUCUCUUGGUGAUAUUCGUACACAAGUACUUCGUGGUCUUGUACGUUUUCCAUUUUAUUUAUCGACUUCUUGUGAACAAGUUAUACGAUGUAUGUUACAGGUGGAUCCUAAUCGACGAUUCAAAUUAAAACAGGUUACGACCACAGCAUGGAUGCAAGAGUCUCCAAAUGUGGAACAUUAUCAAUCACUUAUGGACAAAUAUCAAAAACAAGCAAAAGAACGUCAAUUCGAAGUUUUAUUUCGUCAUCAACAUCCGGAACACAGUAAAAUAGCUAAAGAAGAAUUUCUAGAAAGAAUUGAACGUAAACUUGAUAUUGGUAUUGUGAAAGCAUUGUCUAGAGAAGCAUGUUUAGAUGAAGAACAAAUUCGUCAGUCUACAAUUCAAAAGAAAUACGAUCGUUAUCAUGCAGCCUAUGAAUUAUUAAAAGAAAAAAUUAAAAUAUUUUAUCAUAAUCCUAUUCUACGAAAUUUCGUUAAUGAUGAAGCCAAAAAACAAGCAAGCAUAUUUUCCAAACUAGCUACAACUCAAAAACCUGCAUGGCAGCAAACCUCUGAUAUUCUAGGUGGAUGCAAUUUAUCUGAAGAACAAGUCAAUAUGAAUGUUUUAAGCAUAACCACAUCAACAACACAACCAUCUGCAAUGCUUAGUGUAUUGGAUGAAACAAUGUUAGAAGAACAAAGUCCUCCGAGCGAUAUUAUCAUGUCCAGUGAUUCCAGUGAUCUAUCAGAUGUAAUGAUGAAGGAUACUUCUUUGUCUUGUAAUAGUGUUCACACAACUGCUUCUACAACAAUGUGUACUGCUUUUAUCACGUCGUCUAAUCUUGAAAAAUCUGAAAACUCUUGUACUUAUAAUAAACAGAAUACAACUGCUACAACUAACAAGAAAGGUUUCAGUGAAAGUAUUUUAAGAGAGUGGAAAUGUGCUACACAGCCAAAAAAUACUGAAUUGAAUGCUGCCAUAUGUAUAUUAAAAGCUGAUGAAGAUGAAAUUCUGUCAAAUUUUGGUAUUGAUUCAGGGCCAAUAAAUAAAUCAUUUUCUAAUUCAGUACGACGUCAUACAUUACAAUUUACUACAUCAUUACUUCUUAAACCAUCUAACCAACGUGAUAAUCCUGAUAACAUUUUAACAAAUAAUGAUGAUGUUAACAAUCAUCAGUCGGAUACAUCUUCUGCCACCAUCAAUAGUAUGUCCAUAAAAAAUUCCAAUGCAAAAGCUAAACGAUCUCACGAAUUAACUGAUUUAAAUAACAACAGCAAAAGUUCUUCAUCUGAUGACAAUAAUAGCAGUAAUAGUAAAACUAAUGGUAAUAGUGUUAAACGAACUACAGUACGUCGGUUUCCGCGUCAAAUUACUCAACCACAUUCAUAUCGAUUACAAUAUAAUCAAACUAGUCCGGAUAAUUCAGAGCAAAUGUUACUUAACCGUUUAGAUUGGUUACCGAAUACUUGGGAGACAACCCAGACGCGCUAUCGAAAAUCUCAUUUACUGCAAUCAUCAAGACCUUAUUUAAAUAAAAUUAGUAAACAAAAUGAACAAACAUUAACAUCACUUGAAUUAGGACAAGAAGCAGCUACCACAAAGUUACCACCAAUGAAAAGGGAUACAGUUACCAUAGGGACAACAACAGGUGAUGAUGAAGAAGAGGCAGAGCAAGACGAUGUUUCAAUUCUAAUUGAUCAGGAAAACAUCUUGCCAGAAGAAAUAUCACAGUCUAUCCAAUUUACAGAAAAUAUCUCAUCAGUUGGUGAUCAUGAUGUGACAGUAAUGAAUAAACCAAAUAUAGUAUCUGAAAAGGCAGAAUGUCCCGAUCCAGUUGAAUACCCAUAUAAGUCUACAUCGAAAAGUCAACUGAUUCCUUCACAAUAUACUAAUCCACAAACACCAUCAUGUGAUCCUUUGCUGUUAGAUCAUCUUCCAGAACAAAUUUCAAUAGAUAUGAACACAGAGACUAGUGAAAAAGUGAAUAAUACGGCACAUGUCCUAAUUGAAAAACCAACCUUACUAGAAGAUCCUUGCUGGUCCACUGUUCGUAUUUCAGGUGGAGUGGAUGAAGAUGAUGAUAAUUCAUGUGAUCCAACAGCUGGAGUACUGCGUACACUACUUCCACAGCUUAACUUACCGGCGAACUUACCAGCUAUGAUUCAUCAACCUGUGGCUUGUUUUACUGUUAAAGAUCCAAAUUUACUUGCUCCACCAGAGUUUAUGACUCCACAUAGUUCUAGUUUUCCUCGUAGAUCAUCUGAUGGUGCCGCUGAUCUGCAGCCACUUCAUCGACCUGUAAUCACAGUGGGGGGAAGUUAUCCGGAACAAGCAAGUUACCGUAAAGAGGAUUCUGGUGCUGAGAGUGAAAAUUCAUCUUUAGCUGUAAUCAAUACUGUGCAUAAUUCAAGACCAAAUUCCAUAGAAGGAACCACAUCAUCUAUGAAGAAUUCCGAUUGGAUUCAAACGUCUCGACCAAAACUCGACAAUUGUGAAAAUUCGAAACCUUUAUCCUCUUCAUCUAGUGACCAGCCGCAACAAAGCUGUCAACAACAGCAACUCCCGGAAUCUCGUUCUCGAACAUUGGCCGCUCAACAACGUUCAUUAUUCUCUGCUUUACAUUCUCAAAAAAGACGUCUUCCUUUAGGAUUAUGGUGGAAACUUACACAUAAAAAAUUUAAUCAACCUGGUGAAAAUUUAAAAAGUGAAUUAUGGGAUGAACAAUUUAUUCGUCAUCAAAAACGUUUUAGUUUACCUGUAAAUUGUGGACCAGUGAGACAACCAUCAGGCACCAUCAAAACUGAACUACAAUGUAGGUGUCAUCAACCAUUAACUUCCGAAUUAUUACACGAAAUUCAACAAAAAUUACAUAAUACUUCAUUGAUUCAAAAAAUUCCAGCUUCUCAAAUUUCAACUAUGCAAUGUAUAACUAAUGAAAAUAAAUUUAAUAUAGGAGAGAUACCAGAAAUUUAUCGUCGUGGAAGUGAAGCUAGUCAAAUGUCAGCAUGGGAGCAACGUUUAAGACAAUAUAAUGACCUAUAUGAUCCUGGAGCUCAUGCUCAAGUGACAUCUAGUUUUCAUCAAGCAGCUCCUGAAAUAGAACCAGAUGAAGACAAAGAAGAGAAAUUAGUUUCAAAUUAUCCAUUCUUUACUUCUCCAUAUACCGAUGAUACAUCUAAUCCAAAUACAAGAUUAAUUGCAACUAAAUGUCAAGAGAUCAGUUCAAAUAAUGAAACAGUCGAUACAGUAACAGCAAGAACAAAUAUAAGUACUCCUCAAUUUGUACAAUAUAAAACACAACAAUAUUUAUCAAGUUCCGUCAUAGACGAUAAUCCAUUAAACUCUAUUUCAAAUAAACCGUACGAUUCACAUAUAAGUGCUCCAAGUGUUUCCCCAAUUAGUCAAUCAGGUAUUGAAUUGACUGAUUUGAAAACUGAGCUACAUAAUCUUGAAGCAGAAAGAAGUGCUGGACAUUCAUCUUUUACUGGUGGUAUACUGGUAUCCUCUAUAGAAUCAUCACGAUCGGUAGAUGAUAAAAUUCAUAAGUCAAAUGAAUCCACCCAUCUGCCAGAAGUCAUAUUAUCUUCUGAAACAUCAAAUAUACCUUCGUUUUUAUCUGAUUGCGCCAGUAAUAUGCAACAAUCCGCAUUACCGAUAAAAUAUACACUUAUACCAAACGAACAAUCUCCGUCUACUUCUUCUUAUACACAUUGGUCUAGUAGUGACUUUGAUAAUAAAACACAUCGUCGGGCAUCAUCUGUCAUUGAUAAUCCGGCAACAUUAAAUUAUUUAAUUCCCCCUGACAGAGAUAUCUGUGAAACUUCAAAGGAUAACAUUCGUAGGCAUAGACAUUCUGUUAGCGAAAUGGUUGAUAAUAAACAAAAUUCUAAAUAUAAUUAUGAGUUUUGUUCCGGUGUUGGCUCCGAUGUAUUUAAUGUUAGUUCAGAAUUUCAUCAACCCACAAUACAUGUGGGUCUGAGUCCGGAUUUGGAAAGUACCGAAGUUCAACUACAUGAUGAGAUGAGCAUAAAAUCACUUUCAUCCUUUUCUAUGGUUGAAACACCAGCUAACAUCAAUAUGAAUAAUACAGGUAUUGGUCAGCGCCUUUUCGAACGAUUACAUCCUGAACGACCAAACUAUCUACAUACAUUACAACAUUCAGGCGGAUCAUCAGAUCGACGUUUGAGUCCUGAUUUCCUAAGAAGUCCUCGUAAAAAAAUCUAUCAAGAAUGGUUACCUAAGUUAACUGAAUUAUCACACAAAGCAUUUGAUGUUGCUCGCGAUAAGAUAAAUAAAGUCAGAGCCACAACUAAUUCACAAUCAUUAAUUUAUAAUCUAGUCCAUUCAGAUAUACUUCAUCGAUCAACACAUUGUUAUACAGCCAAUAAAACAAACUCAAUGCAUAAAGAUGAACGUAAUAAUGAAUGUUGUUUGAGUGAUAUAAUUAAUAAAUCACAGGUUGGUCAGAAUUCCAGUACUACUGGUGUUAUUUCACAUGAGAAAGAUGACAAAGUUAAUCCUGUAGAUGUUGAUUCAGAUCCAGAGUUAGAUCCAGAUAUCGAUGAGGAAGAAGAUGAUGAAAAAGACUGUGCUUUAGCUCCACUACAAACUCAUAAAAUUAAUGCAAACAACCCAUCGACUCAUCAUUCAUCUCGACAGAGACAUAGGAUAAUGAAUCAAAAUAUUGGACAAAAUUUAACCUAUCCACAACAGGUAAUGCCUUUCUUUCAUGGUAAUUUACUUAACUCAACUGUUAUUCAACAACAGAAUCAGAAUACAUUAAUUUCUCAGUUACCUAGUGGUACUACUGGAAUUAAUACUUAUGGUCUUCAAGAUUUAGUUGAUUUCUCAAAUCCACAGGCUUUGCCUGCAGCAGCAGCAGCCGCUUCAUUAUUGCUUUUCCGUUCAAGUGAUGAUGAUGAAGAUUUAGCUGCUAUUGAUCGUGUUAAUCAACGUUUAGCUUUAAGUAGAUUAACUGGGAAUUUUACAGAUACAAAUCAAUUGAUAAAUGAUUAUCCUAAUCUGCUUGGUCCAACACUUCCCCACCAAACGUUAACACCUCAACCGCAAUCAUUGUUACCACCAACAAUACAACCAAUUAGAUCUUUACCUAUAAAUCAAUCAACCCUUCAAACACAAUUUCCACAUUCCACAAUAAUAAAUGAAACUUUAACAAAUAGACGAAACAAUGUGCUGCAUCACGAUUCACAUAACUAUUCCCAAUCUUCAACAAUUUCAACUAAUCCUCAUUCAAUUACAGAUAUUGAUGAUAUCAAUGCACCAAUCAAUUCACAAGCACCCAGAAGUUAUGAAACUGCAUCAAAUUAUGAUCAAAAAUGAUUAUGCUUAUUGGUGUAUUAUGCAUAUACAUAAUGAGAUUAAAGAAAUAUCAUAUAGAACACUUGUUUUUUAUUCCUUUAAAACAUGACAUUGUUUGUUUUUCUUGAUGAUUAUCUUUUUUUUCUCGUCGUAAUACUUGACAACUAAAAAAUGUUUAUGAAGUCAUCUUUUGUUUUUCGUUGUUUGUUUAUAAAUCUAAUAUUUUAAAGAGGAAAAGAAAACACAAUUAAUUCAGUCAUUUUGUUGUAUUGUAUUUGGAUCAUUGGACAUAUUCAGAUUAAUUCAUGUAUUUGCCUGCAUUUCAUUUAAUGCUUGCUUGUAUCGACUAUGGGUCUAUAUUAGUCCCAUGGAUGUGAUAAAUUAAUAAUCAUUGUUAAAAUUAUUCUCAGCAUUAUAUACGUAGUACAUGUAUACCGUAUACCUGAUCAUAUAUAUUUUUUGAAUAAACAGAGUAAUAUCGAAAUAAUUUUAUGAUUUUUAUGCUUUUUAACUCAUUCACUUUAUAUUCUUGACAUUAAUAUUCAAAUCAAGUAUUUUCGUGAUUAUGUAACUUCUGGUGACACCAGCACACAAGACCAAGAUGCUUAUAUUCAAAUCCUUCCUACACAUCUUACUAACUUCUGGUUUGUUUACAUCAAAUGAGAAUACUAAAAUAAUAUGUAAUUAGUUGUUUUGUUUUUUUCCUUUUAAUAAGUGAACCUUGAUUUUCCAUUGUAAAAUUAUAAUUCAAGUGGUAUUAUGUUUAAAUAAUAAAUGUAAACAGUCUGUUUGUUUGUUUUUUAUUUUUUCGUGGAGAAUUCUUUAUAACAUGAAAGAGUAGUGAUCACAUUAUACAUUAUUAUCAACUGAAUUAUAAUUGAAAAUCAAGAGUACUUUGUUCUAGUCAGAAUCUGGUAUUCUUUGUUCUUUUUAUGUUGCUAAUCAAAAUCAGUUCAGAACUAUUAUCUUUAAAUUAUGUUAUAUAAAUAUAUACACUUAUCUUCAAAAUUAAAAAACAAACUAGUGGGAUUCUUUGAAUAAUUCAAUUCUACAUGAUGGCCAUAUGUCUUUCAUGAUCUCUAUGUCAUCAUUAGACAUUGAAUGAUUGAACUAAUUCAUAAAUGACAUAUUAUCUAUAUAACCAUGAAUGUGGUGUACUAUAUUAGUAAAUAAUCAACUGAAGACAAGUUUAAGUAAUAACAGUAAAAAGUAUACAAAAUAUAUAUAAAUAUAUUAAAAGAUUUCAUAUACACAACAUCAACAUGAAUGUAGCUUUCAGUGGCACAUAGAAUAUAUAGAACAAUAAAGAAAAUAAUUUGAAACAUGAUAUUAAAAAGAAAGAACAUAAUUUUACUGAAUAUCAUUGCAUCUGUUUAACAUAAAGAAUAGUUUUUACAUAAGACUACAUGUCACAUUUCCUAUCGAUAAAAGCUCAUUAUAUAUAUAUUCAGUAAUAUCCUGAUUCAUUUAUAUCAAUAAAAGUAAGUUCUCUAUCCGACAGUGUAUCACAUUGAAAAUAAAAAACUGUUUGAUAGAAGAAAAUUCGAAUAACUAAUGAAAAGAAGAAGAAAAAGAAAAACAGAUAUAACACAAUUUCAUUUACUCUGUUCUAAAACGAUAAGCAUUUGCCCAAAUGUCAGAUAAACAAACUGUGGAAUGAAAACGAAAAAAUACAAUUAAAGGUAAUGCUAUAUGUGUGAUAAUUUUCCAUGCCAUAGAUGAAUAAUAAUUUAUAUGUAUACUAUGAUUAUCUGCGUGUUUCACUUCAAAUGUAUUCACAAACCACAUAGCUAAAUUUAAUACUAAUAAAAAUGUAAUCAUUGUACGUCCUGGUUUUUUUUGUACAUGUUCUAAUGUUCCAGCGCAUCUUCGAGAUGCUUCCAAAAUGAA